UUGGAAUAUCAAAAAAUUGAAACAAUUCAUGAAAAAGUCAUGGAUAAGGCAAUUGAAUUAGAUGAGUACAGAAACAAAAUACUAAAAGGAAGCAACGAUCUUCAAGUGUGUCAAAUUGAAGUUGAUAAAUUAGAAUCUGAGAUCAAUGUACAAAAAACUACAAUUGACAGAUUAAAAACCAAUUCGAAACUUUUUGGGGAAUAUGAUAAAUGUAAAGAAUUGCAAAAUAUAACUAAAAAUCAGAAAACAAUUCAAUUGGAAUUGGACGACUACCAAAAUAAGUUCCGAAUGAAAGAAAACGAUAUUCGGUUAUGCCAAGAAAGUAUUGGUAAAUUAAAUAUGACAACUCAGAAACGACAACACACACGUAUUCUAACUAGUUGCAUUUCUUUUGGAGACCAUCCUGGUGUUCAUCAAAUCGAAGCUUUGUACUAUGAUGUCUUCGAUGUUCUAUGUGAUAGUCAGAUAGCUGGGCCUGGAUGGAUUGUAAUACAACAACGAGUUGGAGGAAAUGAGAGUUUCAAUAGGGAUUGGGAAACGUAUCGCAAAGGUUUCGGUUCGUUUGAGAGUGAUUUUUUCCUGGGUUUAGAGAAGAUCCAUCGGUUGACAAGUUCGCAAGAUCAUGAGCUCUAUGUGCAUUUGGUUUUCCUAAAUGGCACCAUCAAAUACGCACAAUACGACAACUUUAAAAUCUCGAAUGAGGAAAAUAGUUACGCACUGAGCAGCUUGGGCAAAUUUAAGGGAAAUGUUGUGGAUGAGAUGAGAAACUAUUUGAAUAGCAAAUUCUCAACAUUCGAUCAAGACAACGAUACCGAAGACGUCCACAAUUGUGCAGUGCAUUUUAAAAGUGGUUGGUGGUUCACGCAUUGUUAUUAUUGUAAUUUAAAUGCAUUAUAUGGAAAAGACCUAAAUUGGUAUCCACCAUACGAGCUUAAAGAAGCUAGGAUGAUGAUUCGCCACAGAAAAGUGAAGUAA